AUGAAAAACAUCGACGAGCACAAGCCAUCGGUGAAUGGCAUCAACAAUGACGAGCACUACCGCCAAUCGAAGGACGAGAACCGGUAUGUCAACCGUGAUGGUCGAAUUCCGGUGUAUGGCGGUCACUUGCGUGAGCAGUACUUGAACGAGCCUGUGCGCUCUUUCGAGUACCUCAAAUCCUUCUUGCGACUCAGCGAGGACGAAACAAGCUCGUUGAAGAAUUCCCAUGAGAAGUACAUGCUGGCAAUGAAGACGUCCAUACCUGAGCAGAUAUUGAAGAAAGGCCUGCAGUUUGGGUUCAUGAAGGGCGACGGAAUCGUGUAUCUUGGCGGUGCCAAAUACGACCAAUUGGUGUUGACUUCUGUGUCCGUGUUGCGCUCUUUGGGAUCAAAGAUUCCAGUCGAAGUGAUAGUGCCAAAAAGAAGUGACUACAACAUCGAUUUGUGCAACAUCAUCUUGCCCCAGCUCAACGGUAAGUGCCGUGUUAUGGAAGACUUCGUGCCCGCGUCUGUGAUGCUGCGCAUCGGUGGGUUUCAGUUGAAAAACGUGGCCCUCUUGGUGUCGUCGUUCAAAAACGUGCUUUAUUUGGACGCAGACAACGUUCCGGUCAAAAACCCUGACGUGCUUUUCGUCAAUGAGCCUUUCAAGUCUCUGCGCAUGGUGAUGUGGCCCGACUUAUGGAGGCGGUCCACUUCGCCGCUGUUUUAUGAGAUCGCCGGCAUCGAAGUGGACAAGACACACCACGCCAGAAACAGCUAUUUCAAAGGCGACGGGCGGGGUGAGUCUUCAGACCCCGCUUUAAUCUCCUUCCAUGAUCUUAAAGGCGCGCUUCCCGAGGCGUCCAGUGAAACGGGCCAGAUGAUGAUUGAUAAAGAGAAGCACUUUCCCACCCUCGUCUUGUCCAUGUACUAUAACUUUUAUGGGCCAGACUAUUUCUAUCCGUUGUUUAGUCAGGGUGCGGCCGGCGAGGGAGACAAGGAAACUUUCAUUGCCGCAGCACACAAGCUUGGGCUCCCUUAUUACCAAGUCGGGGAGUUCAACCGAGAGUUUGGUCCCAUGGGCAAGAACCAGAAGCGGGAGUACUUUGGCAUGGGCCAGUACGACCCAAUCAUAGAUCACUUCCAGUCAACGAUGCCCGACCGGAGUUCCAGGGCGCAGACAGAAUACGCCUUGGACCAAGAGGACGACACGAAGAGCAACUACGACUUCCAUAUGUACAAGUCACACUCGUUGAUGUUCUUGCACGCCAACUGGCCCAAGUUCUAUCUCGACGAGUUGUUUGAAAAAAACGGGUUUGGCCGGGGCCCCAAAGACGGCCAGAACAAGCGACGCCGGCUAUACUCGGAGCACAUGAUCAAGGAGACCGGUGGCUUCGAUGCGGAGUUGCACAUCAUGAGGCACAUCAAGCAAUGGGCGUGCGACGCCCGCAUCGAGCUCGCCAACGUCCCCGGCGUCGGCAGCGACCGCCGCAAGAAGAUCUGCGAAGAGGUGGCGGGCCAGAUCAAGUUUUUGGCGGGCGCCUGA